UACCAUAAUGAAAGGCAGGACAUGACACAACACACACCAAAACAGGUUUAACAGAGUCUUGUUUAAUACACAACAGAAAGCUGAGACAGAAAAAAUUGGAUGGGCUGUAAUUAGUUCCUCGGAUCAUAAGAGCAAUAUCAAGAAAGUUAUGUCACAUAGGGAUGGCCUUUACUGAAGUAGAUGAUCCGUUUAGAGAAUACAGACGGACUCAGCAAUGAGGAAGCAGGGUGGUGGUCCCACGGUUUGCAAACAGGGGAACCUGUUAAACAGGAAACAUACAGGUGCAGAAGAAACUGAAUGAGGUUCAUUGUCCAUCAUUCUACAUGUAAAUAUUUGUUCCUAACAAAAGAUACCAUCCAGACACAAGUAAAUGAAUGCUGAUCAAAAUAAAGUGGCCAGUGAGUGAAAGUACUUAAGAAACCAGUUUGACAGCCUUGGUGAAGCCUUCCAGUAAGAGUACAGUAGUCUACAAAAGCACUCAGACUUCCCUUCUACUGAAUUGUAGUGACUUUAAAGUAAUUCUAACAUCAAGGUGACCCUCAAAAAAUGUUAUUAGUUUCCUAAAAUGUUCAUGUUUCAAUUUUUGAGCUCCAGCCACAGUCUUUCAUUAUAUAGCACCUCUAUUAUGUUUUGACGUGUCAGAUAAAGAAAAGUUCACUUCAGUUAAAUUCAGACUCAGUUCUGCUGUCUGUUUGUCUGACGGCUGAAUUAAUAAUCAGUGUCAGGAUUAGUCUCUCAUAUUUUGUAAACAUGAAUUAUUUUCCUUGUGAACACACCUGGUGUAACAGGUUAUAUAAAGUUAGCGACACACAUUGAAAGGAGGAGCAAUCUUCAAGUUUAUUGCCAGGUGCAUUCAAAAACAGACCAGUCGUCUACAUCUGGAGAAGAGAGAAGCAACAGCAUGGAAAGACAACUCCUUUACUGGACAUUACUGCUUGGAUUACUUCAUGCAUCCUGUGGCCAAUACUCUUGAUAUCAAUUACCCAGCAACAACAGAAGUACCAACAACCAUAACUGAGGCAACAACAACUGAAGCAAUAACGACCACAGCAGCAGCAACGACAAUCACAACUCAAGCAACAAUGGAUACAACUCAAGGAGUGACGACAAUCACAACUGAAGCAACAGCGACCACAGCCACAGCAACUGAACCAUCAACAACAACAACUACCCCUGCUUCACUCAUCAUACCUGAUACAACUACCACUGCUCCAACUACCACGCCUGAUACAACUACCACUAGUCCUGAAACAACUACCACACCUGAAACAACUACCACUAGUCCAGAAACAACUACCACACCUGAAAAAACUACCACUGCUCCACCCACCACACCUGAAACAACUACUACUAGUCCUGAAACAACUACCACUGCUCCACCCACCACACCUGAAACAACUACUACUAGUCCUGAAACAACUACCACUACUCCACCCACCACACCUGAAACAACUACCACUACUCCAACUACCUCACCUGAUACAACCACCACUAGUGCUGAAACAACUACCACUGCUCCAAAACCCACACCUGAUACAACUACCCUGACUUCAACCAGUGAUGCAGCGUUUGUCACAACUCCAUUGACAACAACAACUACCACUGCCCCACCCACCACACCUGUUACAACUACCACUACUCCAACCACCACACCCGGAAUAACUACCACUACUCCAACUACUACACCUGAUACAUCUACCACUACUCCAACCACCACACCUGAUACAACCACAACCUCUCCAACCACCACACCUGAGCCAACUACCACUGCUCUAACCACCACACCUGAAACAACUACCACUACUCCAACUACCACACCUGAUACAACCACAACCUCUCCAACCACCACACCUGAAACAACUACCACUACUCCAACUACCACACCUGAUACAACCACAACCUCUCCAACCACCACACCUGAAACAACUACCACUACUCCAACUACCACACCUGAUACAACCACCACUAGUCCUGAAACAACUACCACUGCUCCACCCACCACACCUGAAACAACUACCACUAGUCCUGAAACAACUACCACUGCUCCAACCACCACAUCUGAAACAACUACCACUAGUCCUGAAACAACUACCACUGCUCCAACCACCACACCUGAAACAACUACCACUAGUCCUGAAACAACUACCACUACUCCACCCACCACACCUGAAACAACUACCACUACUCCAACUACCUCACCUGAAACAACUACCACUAGUCCUGAAACAACUACCACUGCUCCAACCACCACCCCUGAAACAACUACCACUACUCCAACUACCACACCUGAAACAACUACCACUAUUCCUGAAACAACUACAACUGCUCCACCCACCACGUCUGAAACAACUACCACUACUCCAACAACCACACCUGAUGCAGCUACCACUAGUCCUGAAACAACUACCACUGCUCCAACCACCACAUCUGAAACAACUACAACUAGUCCUGAAACAACUACCACUAGUCCUGAGACAACUACCACUGCUCCACCCACCACUCCUGAUACAACUACUACUGCUCCAACCACCACACCUGAAACAACUACCACUACUUCAACUACCACACCUGAAACAACUACCACUAUUCCUGAAACAACUACCACUGCUCCACCCACCACACCUGAAACAACUAACACUAGUCCUGAAACAACUACCCCUGCUCCAACAACCACACCUGAUACAACUACCCUGACUUCAACCAGUGAUGCAGCGUUUGUCACAACUCCAUUGACCACAACUACUAUCACUACUCCACCCACCACACCUGAAACAACUACCACUGCUCCAACCACCACACCUGAUACAACCACAACUUCUCCAACCACCACACCUGAGCCAACUACCACUACUCCAAUCACCACACCUGAUACAACUACCACUACUCCAACCACCAUACCUGAUACAACUACCACUGCUCCAACCACCACACCUGAUACAACCACAACUUCUCCAACCACCACACCUGAGCCAACUACCACUACUCCAAUCACCAUACCUAAUACAACUACCACUACUCCAACCACCACACCUGAUACAACCACAACUUCUCCAACCACCGCACCUGAAACAACUACCGCUACUCCAACCACCACACCUGAAACAACUACCACUGCUCAAACCACAACAACUGAAGUCAUAACGACAGAAACAGGAACCACAACCACAUUACCAACAAGCACAGCAACAACAACCACAACAACUGAAGCAACAACAACUACAACUAAAGUAACGACCACAACCACAGCAACUACAUCACCAACAACAACAACUACAUCAUCAACAACAACAACCACCUCACCAACAACGACAACCACAUCACCGACGACGACAACCACAUCACCAACGACGACAACUUUAUCAACAACAAUAACAACCACAUCGUCAGGCUUAGUAUCACUGGUACAUCUAGAGAUGACGCUCACAGCCUUUGGGCAGGUGACCAAUGAGACAAUCACUAACCUUGUUGAUAAGUUUUUAAUGGAGACCCUAAAUCUAACAGCCUCCAGCAUCAAAAUCAAACAACAAACAUUGUCAGCAUGAGUGUUAACAACCACAACAAUGGAAGCACCAUCAAUUAACAAACAAAUUUAACUAAGAACUACAAUCUCAACACUACUAUUGUGUUGUAGAACUACAAUUCCAGCAGCAACUAGAAAAAGUGAAGCAUCAACAACCAGUCCAUCAUAACCUGCUGAAACUGCCCUGUUUUCUUUUUGUUCACUAAUAUUUAUUUCUCUCCAUCAUAAUUAUAUUUACAUGUGUUUAUGCAGAUACUGUAGUUUGUAGUCACUUGUCUUCCCUGAUUGACGCCUGUUGUCCUUAAGGUCUCACUUUUUAUUUCUAAUGAAAUUAAUCACCAGGUUAAAUGGUCUUCAUCCAUCAAUACUUAUUUUUUAUUGUAAACUUCAACUUAGGCAGCUCCACUUUGUCACUUGUUUGUUAAAACAAUCUGAACAUAGUGUGUGAUCUUUUAUUUUGCUUAGACUACUGUCAUUUAUUGUGAUCCUGUUUUAGCUCCUAGUGUUUGUAUUAUUUCCUGACCUACACUAACUAUCACUGAACCACAGGUCUCUGUCUGAAGCAAAAUGGUGUUAAAUGGUCUUAUUGGGAUUUUGUUGACUUUUGACAAUUUUCAUCUUCAGGAAACUUGGUUAAAAAUCUUUUUAAUCAUAGUUACAUUCUGGGUAUCAUAAAUCAGAGAUUGACUGAAAAGUGAUAUUUGUAGCAUAGUGAACAUGAGACCAUGUGAUCCAACAGGACAUCAAGAAACUGCCACGCUGACAAGUUUGGUAACCAGGAAACUAAUAAACUAUGUUUCUUGCUUAA